CGUGAUCCCGAGCUAUCUAUCGUAUCCAAGGCUCCAAGCCCUCCAUCGGACUCCUCCUUCUAUAAAUUCCCUUGCUCUGCAUGCUAAUCUGUAUCUCAUCCAUCACACUGGCCAGCCAGUAGCCACUGCGAGCACUGAAGAAGAGGCACGGAUCACGGAUGCCAGGCAUGGCAUCCACCAAGGGUCUUCUUGUGUUCGCUCUCCUGUUUGCAGCCGCUGCUAUCCUCGUCGCCUCGACUGAUGAACACCCUGAGGUCAAGAAGGAAGAGAAUGAAGCCGGCGUAGAGAACUUCUUCCACUUUGGCGGAGGCCACCACGGGCACGGAGGCGGCGGGGGAGGCUAUGGCGGAGGCGGAGGCUACGGAGGAGGCGGUGGAGGUUACGGCGGCGGCGGCUACCCAGGCGGCGGAGGAGGCUACGGCGGCGGUGGCGGCUACCCUGGCCACGGUGGGGAAGGCGGUGGAGGCUACGGCGGCGGUGGCGGCUACCCUGGCCAAGGUGGGGAAGGCGGUGGAGGUUACGGCGGCGGUGGCGGCUACCCUGGCCAAGGUGGGGAAGGCGGUGGAGGUUACGGCGGCGGCGGCUACCCAGGGGGCGGAGGAGGCUACGGUGGCGGUGGCGGCUACCCUGGCCACGGCGGAAAAGGCGGCGGAGGAGGCUACGGUGGCGGUGGCGGCUACCCUGGCCACGGCGGAAAAGGCGGCGGAGGCUACGGCGGCGGCGGAUGUCACUGGGGCUGCUGCGGGCACGGGCUCCUCCAUCACCAUGGCUGCCGCUGCUGUGCGCGCGCGGACGAGGUUCCGGAGCCCAUGUACCGGGCGCCGGCGGAGGUCCGCAACUGAUGAGCACACGAUCGAGACGAAAAUGCAGCCAUGCAUACGUACGUACGUACGGUAGGCAGUACUGCUACUGCCCAGUGCCUGCCCUCCGUCGAACUCUACGUGCAUGCCGUUGCUCUGCACGCCUACGUGCAUAUAUAGUAAUUAAAUUACUCGUAAAUAAACAUGGUCCCUGCAUGGUGAGCAAAAGGAAGGUGCAUAUAUGCGCGUACGCGUACGUGCGCGUUGCACAGUGACGACCUUGUAGAAGAACACAUGCCUCCGCCCCUCUGUGUUCUGUAAGUUUGUAUGUAUGUCCCGUAUCGAUGAAUAUAUAACCCCCCGCUUUAUCUGUUA